GAGAGCUCUAGUUGUAAUUUUAACUGUUGAGUUUAGGUCUUUUUGACUGUAAACAGUUUUGACAGCAUCAGAGUUAGGGGUGUAACGAUCCAUCGAUCCAAUAACCAACGAUCUAAUAUUAUCGAUACGACGUGUAAAUAUCGAUAUAGAAAUUUAUCAAGAUGCACCUUUUAUUUUAAUACUCAUGUCAGCCAUGUCCGUACCCAUUUCUGUCAGGCGAUGAAACAACCUUAUUACAUUAAUUUCACUUUGAGUGCUAAAUACGCUUUUCAUGUGGGACAAGGAUGUGCGCAGGGUCUGUAAAGCCAAAUUGCGAUCUGCUAUCCGUGCACGCAUUUCCGCGAAAUGCGAGCUCUAGACCAGUGACAGGAUCAGUGCGAGCACAUCAACCGGGCGCUCCUUAAAAUGCGAGCUCUCGUGACAAACGCAGAGCGGCUCACAUGCACGAUUAACUCGGGCUUCCAUCGAUAUCGUUGUGCAUGUGACCCAUUUGAAAUUUACAUGAGAAUUUGCUAUUUAAAAGUACCAUGGAGAAGUUCAACCAUCAUGUGAAACAUCUUGACAACGUUGACAUCCUGAACAGCACUAAUGAGGGAAAGAGAAAUCACCUGCUCAGUUCCAGCAUCAGUUAUAAGACUUUACACAUCUACACAUCAGCACCCUUACUAACAUUUAUCCCAGUUACCUAACAGAAUUUUUCAUUACAACUGUGGAAGUUGUAGCCAAGAAAACCGCACGAAUUGCACGAAUAGUUGGAAACAAGUCAUGGGAUUGCUGUGUUAUUGUGAGCGAUGUGUAAAUAGGACGUGCAACACAACUGGCAUGUGCUUUGUAUCGGUCUUGAAGUCUGCCGGACAGAUUGUGACACAGGAGGCUCAGUGCAUUGAGCAGGAUGAUCUCCUCCCUCCGGACAGGCCUUUCCAGUGCGCCCCCUCCAACAACGGCAGGCAUCCAUAUUGUUGCAAGACCCACAUGUGCAACAAGAACCCAAAAGUCAUCCCAGAGCUCCCUGACAGUGAACCCCAGUCUCUGAGUCCCGUGGCCCUAGCCGCAAUGAUCACGAUACCCAUCUGCGUGCUGAGCUUUGUGCUGGUGCUGCUCCUCUACAUGUGCCAUAAAGGCUCCAUCAUCCAUCACCGUGUGCCAGGUGAGGAAGAGCCCACUGUGGAUCACCCCUUCCUCGCUGAUGGCACCACACUGAAGGACCUCAUCUAUGACAUGACCACUUCUGGAUCAGGCUCAGGUUUGCCACUGCUAGUACAGAGGACCAUUGCCAGGACCAUCAUCCUGCAGGAGAGUAUAGGGAAGGGCCGUUUUGGAGAGGUGUGGAGGGGUCGCUGGCGUGGAGAGGAGGUGGCAGUGAAGAUUUUCUCCUCCAGAGAGGAGCGGUCUUGGUUCCGGGAGGCAGAGAUUUACCAGACCGUCAUGCUCCGUCAUGAAAACAUCCUGGGUUUUAUUGCUGCAGAUAACAAAGAUAACGGCACAUGGACGCAGCUGUGGUUGGUUUCUGAUUACCAUGAGCACGGCUCACUAUUUGACUACCUGAACAGGUACACAGUCACCGUGGAGGGCAUGAUCAAGCUCUCUCUCUCCACCGCUAGUGGCCUGGCUCAUCUGCAUAUGGAGAUUGUGGGCACUCAGGGUAAGCCUGCCAUUGCCCAUCGUGAUCUGAAAUCCAAAAACAUCCUGGUGAAGAAGAAUGGAACAAGCUGCAUCGCUGACCUCGGCCUGGCCGUGCGCCACGACUCUUCCACAGACACCAUCGAUAUCGCACCCAACCACAGAGUGGGCACCAAAAGGUAUAUGGCACCUGAGGUACUGGAUGACACUAUUAACAUGAAGCAUUUCGAGUCCUUUAAAAGGGCAGACAUCUAUGCCUUGGGUCUGGUAUUUUGGGAGAUUGCUCGCAGGUGUUCAAUUGGAGGCAUCCAUGAGGACUACCAACUUCCCUACUAUGACCUUGUUCCAUCUGACCCAUCAGUAGAGGACAUGAAGCGAGUGGUUUGUGACCAGAAGCUUCGUGCCAACAUCCCUAAUAGGUGGCAGAGCUGUGAGGCCCUGCGUGUGAUGGCUAAGAUCAUGAGGGAAUGCUGGUACGCCAACGGAGCAGCUCGCCUCACUGCGCUACGCGUGAAGAAGUCUCUGUCCCAGCUCAGCCAACAAGAGGGCAUCAAAAUAUAGAUACAACUCGUCAUCUUCACAUUGCCUAUCCACUUCCUCCACUGAUCUUGGGAGGUUAUGAAAGAGAGCAAAACAAAUUUUGUGAGAAUGCUGUGGAGGUUUACUUCAACACUCCAAUUAUGGGAAAUGGACAGCAAUUGAGGGACCAGUGUAUUGAAAUUUAAAACUCCGCUCUGUCCAUGGAAAGAUGCAUCCUCAUCCAAGAUCACCUCAAACAAACUUUUCAGCUACUGCAGGAUUUCACAAACAAACCAGUGCUCAAAGCUAUACAUCAGUCCUCUGGGAUAUCAGUUUACCAUACUCAGAUUUUUCUUUUCAGUUGUUUGGUGACUGACCGGACAACUAACCAUAGACAGCCAUUCAGUGUCAUUGAUGUGCUUUGCAAGCUGGGCUUGACCCUGUUUUGAUUUGCUGAUAUAAGGAUGCUCUGUAUGGUCUUUAUUUUUGUAUAUAGCCUGUUGUCUAUAGAUGUACAUAUUUGACUAAUGUUGCUUGUGUAUAUUUAUGUGUAGGUUUACCAAGGCACUUUGUGUGUGUGUGCUCCAUAUUUUAUCACUGCAGAGUUCUUUGACUUUGUGAUCCCAGGAAGUGCCACUUCUCUGAAUUAAUCAUGUUUACCAUAUUUGGUAACAAGGACCUCUGUAGUUUGAGACACUAUGUCUAUUUACACUGUGUUUGGGUUACUGGCACCACAUGUACUUGUCUGUAUAUGGAAGCAGUAGAACAAAUUAAAAAAAGUUACGGCUGUUUCAGCAUAAAGUUACAGCAUAUUCUUCUGAUUGCUCGAACACAGGAUCCAAAGCCUUGCCUGAUUGUUUGGAAAUGGUUUCGAAAUUUGACUGGCUACUUCAUCAUGCUGCUUAUAACUUCAAGCUGCUUGCAACUUCAAGCAAAGGCAGUGCAUUCAAUGAUAAUGCACGUUAGAAGCAGCCCAGAGAGCUGCCUGGAGGGACCAGUCCUUAAAGAAUCUAUCAGAAAAGUGAGCCACUUUUACAAAGGCCAAUUUAAAGGAAUAUUUCACCCAAACAUGAAAAUUCUCUCAUCAUUUACUCGCCCUCAUGCAUGUGUAUGACUUUCUUCUGCUGAACACAAAGUUUUAGAAGAAUAUUUCAGCUCUGUAGGUCCUUUCAAUGCAAGUGAAUGGGUACCAAAUGUUUAAAAAGCAUAUAAAGGCAGCAUAAAAGUA